AUUGAACUUUCCAUGCUGGUGCCCCCCUGUCGGACGGCACUCGGGGGGUUUGUGUGGACCGUGCUCGCCCCUGCUCGCUCGCCCGCUGCGCUCCGGCUCUCCGCGCUCCGCUCCCCGGGUCCCGCGCGUCCAGACGGGGAGCUGGCCCCGGUCCCUCGCGCCCAUGGAGGGAGACGUAAUGGACAAGGUGGAGGCCACGGCCACGGUCCGUGACUUGGACCCGAUCAGCGGGAGCAUCCCGGCCACCAAAGUGGAGAUCACCGUGUCCUGCAGAAACCUCUUGGACCGGGACACUUUCUCCAAAUCUGACCCAUUGGUGGUGCUGUACACCCAGGGCGUCGAGUGUAAACAGUGGAGAGAGUUUGGGAGAACGGAGGUGAUAGACAACACGUUAAACCCAGACUUUGUCAGGAAGUACAUCCUGGACUACUUCUUUGAGGAGAAACAGAACCUGCGCUUUGACGUGUAUGAUAUUGACUCUAAAAGUCCAGAUCUGGCAAAGCAUCCAACCGACUUUAACGACUUCCUCGGACAGGUGCACUGCACGCUGGGAGAGAUUGUGGGUUCACCUGCCAGCCGCUUGGAGAAACCUCUGGGCGGCAUCCCUGGAAAGAAAUGUGGAACCAUCAUCUUAUCUGCCGAGGAGCUGGGAAACUGCAGGGAUUAUGCCACCAUGCAAUUCUGUGCCAACAAACUGGAUAAAAAGGACUUCUUUGGAAAGUCAGACCCCUUCAUGGUUUUCUACAGGAGCAAUGAGGAUGGCACGUUCACUAUCUGUCACAAAACCGAGGUGGUGAAGAGCACGCUGAACCCCGUCUGGCAGCCGUUCUCCAUCCCCGUCAGAGCGCUCUGCAACGGAGACUAUGAGAGGACGAUUAAGGUGGAGAUAUACGAUUGGGACAGAGAUGGAAGCCACGAUUUCAUCGGUGAAUUCACCACAAGCUAUAAAGAACUAUGUCGGGGUCAGAGCCAAUUAAACGUGUACGAGGUGGUGAACGCCAAGAAGAAAAUAAAGAAGAAGAGAUACAUCAACUCUGGGACGGUGUCCUUGCUGUCAUUCAAUGUGGAGUCAGAGCACACCUUCCUGGAUUACAUCAAAGGAGGGACUCAGAUUCACUUCACAGUGGCCAUUGAUUUCACUGCAUCAAAUGGAAAUCCAUCACAGUCCACUUCACUGCACUACAUGAACCCAUACCAGAUGAAUGCGUACGCCAUGGCCCUCAAGGCCGUUGGAGAGAUCAUCCAGGACUAUGACAGCGAUAAGAUGUUCCCAGCUCUGGGGUUUGGUGCUAAGCUACCCCCUGAUGGGAGAGUCUCCCAUGAGUUCCCACUGAACGGCAACGUUGACAACCCGUACUGUAACGGCAUGGAGGGCAUCCUUGAAGCUUACCACCAAAGCCUUAAGACGGUUCAGCUCUAUGGACCCACCAACUUCGCUCCCGUUGUUAAUCAUGUGGCAAGGUACGCGGCGGCGGUGCAGGACGGAUCUCAGUACUUUGUCCUGCUCAUCAUCACCGACGGAGUGAUAUCAGACAUGGCUCAGACGAAGGAGGCCAUCGUGAAUGCAGCUAAACUCCCCAUGUCUAUCAUCAUUGUUGGAGUUGGCCAGGCUGAGUUCGACGCCAUGGUGGAGCUGGAUGGUGACGACAUCCGAAUCUCUUCGCGUGGGAAGCUGGCGGAGAGAGACAUUGUACAGUUUGUCCCGUUCAGAGACUACAUGGACCGCACGGGGAACCACGUGCUGAGCAUGGCGCGGCUGGCCAAGGACGUCCUGGCCGAGAUCCCCGACCAGCUCAUAUCCUACAUGAAGAGCAGAGCCAUCAAACCCAACCCGGUCCCCCCGGCUUACUCGCCCUGCGAGUCCCCGCAAACCAACCCCGUCUGA